AUGCCACCCUAUGCUGCUGAACUCGAAACCUGGUGGUUAGGGAUAGGCUAUGAAGCACUUAAACAAUUGGUCAACGAUAAAUCAGAUGAACUUAACGCUCGGCAGUGUGGCUUUGCGCAGCAAAUGCAAACGAGGCUAUUGGCAUUCGAUAACGACCAAACCAUUCAAGCCUCCCUUCAGACAACCUGGCGAGCGAUUCGUGCAGCAAGAGGAGUCGACUAUGACGCGAAUAGUCGCAAGAAUUCCAAGUACAUAGCUUCCAAUAUCUUUCGGAAGCCCCAUGAUGGAGGUAUUGACCUUGAACGCGCCAUGGAUGGCCUUGGCUACCUCGAUGCCAUCGAAAUUCGUCGCCUUCGCCUCCUUGAAGCCACCCAUGCUGCCAUGGAGACCAUCUCACCGACAGAAAGUCAACUACAAAUGCUCCAGGAGCUUGAUAGGACUUCCACCGCAAAUUUUCGGCUUCUACACGCCGGUUUCAGGGCCUGUAUUCUUAUCGAAGAAUUGACGAGAGGCUCCGAGUGCAGGAAGGAGAUCCCUCAAAUUAUGGGAAUGUUCAAUGCUCUUAUGCCUUCAGAUGUGUUUCUCGAAGACGAAGAUGAUGUCGACCCAACUCCACACUCGCCGGGUCUUCGCGACAGUGUUCGGUUUUCUGUCUUUGAGCACCUAAUGUCCGACCACCCCUUCUCUCCUCAGCAGCAAGAAGUCAUUAAAAUGAAGCUGUCUGGCUGGUGCGAGGUCACAGGGUAUCCUCAAGCCAGAGAUGCCAUGAUGAGAUAUUGUGAAGAGUUCAAGAAGCUGGAAGGUGUGUGCUUAGCGAUCAUGAACGAUCUUGAACGAAAAUCAUUCAGCACCGGAUCGUAUCAUAUAGCAUCUCCAACCUCGUCAACGUUGCUUGAUACAGACAAUUCACGAAGCUCUGGUUUUUCAGCAAGUGCAACCCAGGGCGCGAACGCUAUUUUCACAACUACGACUUCAAACGACAACCAGGACUUCGCGCCAACGACACCCUUAAGCCCAUGGGCUCUAUCGACUUCACAUCCCCUACUAAAAGGAAUGCCCGGAAGAGAAAUGAGCCCAGCUAAAACGGACGGCGCUCUUUUUUCUCAAGAUCUCAGCGCACCACCCGUCCUGUCAUAUCCUGAUAACCUCUCCAAAACAGAGUUUUUUCAGCACCCAUUCACCCGAAAGCUUGACAUGUCGCCAUACGAUCCCGACAGCGACGAUGAGGGUAAUGACAUGCCACCUGUGCCUCCCUUACCACACAUUCCCGAGAGACUUAAAGCACAUCUCACACCCAGCGUUUUGGACAAGAUCAAAAAGAGAAUGCGCUAUCAGUCUGAUAGAUCCGAAAGGACAGACCAAAGUGGUGUGCCGUUCCAGGUACUGGACCAGCACGUGGGCACUUCCACUACACGCAAGUCAGGUGAUAGAAAGCGCUGGCCGUCGUUCAAAGCAAGCAUCUCGGAGCCAAUAUCUAUCAUAGUCCCAUUUCCGGGAAGUUUGAGCUUUGAAGCCAACAGCUAUGAGGCCUCUAAUACAUCUUCGAGCCCAUUACAGAGUCCCAAAUCACCCCCGAGACAGACCACCGUGGGGGGAAGCACCUUCCGGCCUUUCCACAGAAGGGGUAGAAGUACUGGACUGAGUUGCCAACUUACGAAACCACGUCUAUCACCUAUGGAGUAUUGUCGAAUGUACCUGAUGGAGAAGCACUUAUCUGACUGCGAGAAUCGACCAUGUGAACUUCCAUCCCCCGACAAACACUGGUUCUGGACGAACUACUAUAAGCAAUUUCUGGUAAUACCGCAAAUACCAAAAGUAAUACGGCGUGAUUUGGAGCCCAUAGCUUUUGGGUUCAAUGUAGAAAGCACUGCCGCAGAUGAAUAUGCAGCUGAUUCUGAUGGGGAAUCAGUAUCAACUGCAAGGCCAGAAACUUACGCCAAUGGACCCAUGCGUCUAUCCCUUCACUUGGGUGGCGAGCCGAUCCUUCUACCCUCAUUCAUGGAUACAUUGCGUUUCAACUUGAGUAAUGCUCAGUUCAAAAAAGCCUCAGAGUUGGACAAAGAAGCCGGGGAUGGUCCUGGAGGCGCGGAUCCUGAAGAUAAGGAUAUAGUUGUGCCACGUAGAGUACCAGCCGGGGGUGAGGUCGAAGAUUGGCGGCCUAUGAGCGAGUAUGAAUCAGACGAGAACGAUGAGACAGCAAGUGCGACCACACCAAUUGAAGCUUCUGGGGACAAUCAUUCGACUGAACACACAGGCAAGACCACCAAGAGCACGGUGACUGCGGCUCACCUUGAAAGCUUCGACGAUGCAGUGACCCUUCAAAAUCAGAAUACAUCGAGUUUGCCCGACCCGGGCACUCAUUCUUCUCGUCAGGGUGUCAAGAGGAAUGAUCUGAUAGGUGACUCAGAUCAAGCUGAUAGACAAUUCCACAACGACUCUGGUAGCUUCAGGCUUUCGAGGCAGUUAUCCCGUAUAUGUAAAGACGAAAUGUCUGUUUUUGAUUUUGCCACCCCAAGGCCCAGAGGCAAGACUGUUGGCUGUACUCCUCAGCCGCUGGCAACAACAGACACACAAAGUCCCCUUGCUCGUUUCCCUAUCGCAGUUCAGCCAACUCAUCGAUUGACUCCAGGAACACUUACAAAACGUGUUGUCGGUGAUUCUGGCGGUAAACUCCUUUUUGAAGAUACCCGACAAGCAAGACUAAUCCCAAGUCCUGGUGAUAAGUACCACCAGGGGCUUUCUGCGGACCUAUGGGAGGCCGACACAGAAUCAAUUAUCUCCGAACUUCAACCAAGUCCCUUGCAUAUCAACCGCCGGAAGCAUAAGGCUAACACUGACGAAUCUGAUCGUAGAUGGCCAAGACUGUUUGAUAGGGGGUAUGCUGGUCCGCCUACCACACUUGAGAUGCUUAGGAUCAACGCCCCUACUGAGCGAGGCGAUUCCUUCGAUCCCGAAGUCUUCGGAGAUGGCGAUGAUACUCCAACAGAAGGAGAUCGUACGCCUCGUGGGCUAAGACACCAAGAACAGGGCAUCCUGCAGGCAACACCUGCGCCAAGAGGCCUUCAACGUUCGGCUUCCACAAUUGUUACCCCAACACAGUCUAUGAAAAGGCUCGAACACAAAGCAUCUUUCAAUCUGGAAGCCAUGGCGCAAUCAGGUUUUACCCCGGAGCAUCGUAGGGAGAGCAUUUCGAGGGAUACAUUCCCCAGGUCUGGCAUAAUGCUCAACCUCCAGAGCACUCAGGGGCGUCUAAGAUGCCCUCCUCAAGAUUCUAAUGGAACUGAAAUGAGUAUAAGCAUAACAGAUAAGACUCCCAAAGUAAGACGCUUGCCUGCUUUGCCGGACUCUGGGCGGCAUGAACGCGCUUUUGCACCAAAAGAAUGGAUGAGGGCUUUCGCAACUACACCCCGAAAGUCCAGAACCAUGCCGCGAAACGACGGGCGACUUGAGAAGCAUGUGGAGGCUUCUUCUGGAGUGGAUUGGCGAAAUACUUUGUUUCAGCCAAGUGUGACUAUGGAUGAGGGAGAUUUCGAACGUUCAACAUCGGCCACUACGCGAGACUUCUCGCAACCUCACAAGCUCCAAAAGCCGCCAUCGCGAGCGAGACUUACUCCCAGCAGCACCUACCGUUCACCAAGCCAGCAGAUCGACCAAUCAACUCGAGUCUCGUCCUUGAUGCCUCCCGGAAGUGAGGCAGACGUUCCUGAGCGAAGAACCCCAUCACCCACCGCCUCACAAACUACUGUCGUUCCACGAACACCAUCCUCGAGCAUCGGUAGUAUCUUCCGCAAGCGUAUGCGUUCGGACUACAAUCCCCCAGCAACUCCUCGAACACCGGCUGAGCCCACCUUGGCAUGGUCCCCGUUUGUUAACUGCGAACCCGAACCACCUUGUGCGUCGCCAUGGGUCUCAGGUAAUGGUGAAGGGAAAAGAGAGAAAGAGAAACGAGCGGCGUACUUCCGGGACAAAGUCGAGCGUGAGUUUCAGAACAGACAAUCGCCAAAGAGGUCCAGUCGUAAGGACUCCCUCGAAAGUGCGGCUAAUGAUGACACUGUUCAAAACAACGUCGUCACUGAUAAUAGGACCAGUAAAGAGAGUCUUAUACAAUGGAAGCAGUUCCUCGAAGAUGCCCCGGAACCGCUUUUCUCAUCACCUAGGCCGCCUGUACCACCUCUUCCUUCUGAGUCUCAGCUAAACAUCGCACUCGAUCGACCUUCCCGACAGCCACAAACCACUACUGGGGUAACAGCGCGGGGGGAAGUGACUCCAGCCGCCACAUAUCGAGACAAGAAACCCCAGGGAUUAACAGUAGAGACACGUAAGCUACGUAAAGUAAUGCGUGAGGGGGCGCAGACCCCAAGCAGAAACAAAUCGACGACGCCCGCCAGCGGAAGCAGCUUCAGGUCUACGUUUCGUUUGGAGGCACGACGAAUGAGCUUUGGACGACCAGCGGUCGACCAUGAGUCCCAGGGUAAAGGGCGAGAAACCGAAACUUUUCCAAGACGCAAGUAA